AGGAAGGCACGCGAAGCUCGCUGCUUUCCUUGCUUGCCUCCUCCCGCCCCCAAAAUAAAAAUCUGAAAACAGCAAGGCACCAAACGCCCGGAGCCCCGAGCACACCACCACACACCAUUUCUUCCCCCUUCUGCCUCUCGCCUCGUCCCCCCCGCAGACCUCAGCCGGCCUACCCUCUUCCUCCUCUAAAAGCCCAGGUCAAACUGCCCCGGCCAGCGAGGGAGACGGGGGAGAGAGAGAGGAGAGAGGCUCUCGGAUCCGAGCUGCCCCCUCCCGCGCCCGCCCAGAUCUCCUGCGCAGCCCAGCACCCGACGCCCCGGAUCUGCACCUGCCGCAAAGAUCUACAAGCAACCGGCCGGCAGCUUGCGGUCGCUGGUGGUUGGUUGGUUGGCGAGGAGGAGGAGGAGGAUUAGGCGGCGGAGAUGUCGUCCAGCACGAUCCGGAAGGCGCUGGGCGCCGUCAAGGACCAGACCAGCAUCGGGCUCGCCAAGGUCACCAGCAACAUAGCGCCGGAGCUCGACGUGCUCAUCGUCAAGACCACCAGCCACGACGACGAGCCGGCCGAGGAGCGCCACAUCCGCGAGAUCCUCCACCUCACCUCCGGAUCCCGCGCCCACGUCGCCGCCGCGGUCGCCGGCUGCGCCCGCAGGCUCUCCCGCACCCGCGACUACGUCGUCGCGCUCAAGUCGCUCAUGCUCGUGCACCGUCUCCUCACCGACGGCGACCCCUUCUUCCACCGGGAGCUCCUCCACGCCACGCGCCGGGGCACCCGCCUCCUCAACCUCUCCGACUUCCGUGACGAGGCGCACUCUGGCUCGUGGGACCACUCCGCCUUCGUCCGCACCUAUGCGCUGUACCUCGACCAGCGCCUCGAGUUCCUCCUCCACGAGCGCAAGCAGGGUUCCAACGCUAAUGGAAGCGCCAGCCUGAACGGGCCAUCGCCGCGUGACCGUUGGGGUUCUCCUGACCCGUAUGGCCGCCGGUCACCCUCCUACACCUCCCCUCCGGGGAAUGGGUAUGGAGGGUACGAUGAUAACCGUGACAGCAGGAAUGGCGGGAACUCUGAUGACAAGAGGCCGCCGACCCCUGUGAGGGAUAUGAAGCCGGAGCGGGUCCUUGGCCGUAUGCACCACCUGCAGCAGCUGCUCGACAGGUUCCUUGCCUGCCGCCCCACAGGUGGCGCGAAGCAGAGCAGGAUGGUGCUGGUUGCACUGUAUCAGAUGGCGAGGGAGAGCUUCCAGCUCUACGCCGAUAUCUGCGAGGUACUUGCGGUGCUGCUGGACAGGUUCUUUGACAUGGAAUACGCUGAUUGUGUCAAGGCCUUCGAGGCAUAUGCCAGUGCGGCAAAGCAGAUUGAUGAGCUUUGCUCAUUUUAUGCUUGGUGUAAGGACACCGGGGUAGCGAGAUCAUCGGAGUACCCAGAGGUGCAGCGGGUCACUGAUAAGUUACUGGAGACAUUGGAGGAGUUUAUGAGGGACCGGGCAAAGCGCCCCAAGAGCCCACCACGGGAGCCUGAGCCCGAGCCGGUCAAGGAGGAAGAGCCAGAGCCGGACAUGAACAGCAUCAAGGCGCUUCCUGCACCAGAGGACUACAAGGAGCCUGAACCUGAGAAGGUGGAGGAAGAGGUGAAGCCAGAGCCCCCGCCGCAGCCCCAGGGUGAUCUGGUGGAUCUUAGAGAAGACACUGUGAGUGCAGAUGAGCAAGGCAAUAGGCUUGCUCUGGCCCUCUUCCAAGGGCCACCUGCUGCUGGUGGUAGCAAUGGGUCAUGGGAGGCCUUCCCUUCCAAUGGUGGCAACGAAGUGACUUCUGCGUGGCAGAAUCCUGCGGCUGAGCCCGGUAAGGCUGAUUGGGAACUCGCCCUUGUGGAGACGGCUAGCAACUUGUCCAAGCAGAAGGCUGUAAUGACAGGUGGUAUGGAUAAUCUGCUACUGAAUGGUAUGUACGACCAAGGUGUUGUGCGUCAGCAUGUCAACGCACAGGCGACUAGUGGGAGCUCCAGCAGUGUUGCCCUACCUGCGCCUGGACAGAAGACACAGAUGCUGGCUCUUCCGGCACCAGACGGUUCGAUGCAGAACGUUGGUGGGGAUCCUUUUGCGGCAUCCCUUACCUUCGCACCACCAUCCUAUGUGCAGAUGGCCGAGAUGGAGAAGAAGCAGCAGUUCUUGACACAGGAGCAGAUGAUGUGGCAGCAGUACCAACGGGACGGCAUGCAGGGGCCGUCGAGCUUGGCCAAGCUCGAUCGGACCUACAACAACGGCUUCGGCUCAAACCCAGCCAUGCCAUACGGGAUGCCAAACGCGCCAAUGGCAAAUACAGGGUAUUACUACCCCACUUACUGAGCUAUUCUUUGUUCAAAUCCUUACAGUUGCUGUGAAUUUUGUUCUGUAUUUGUGAUCUUACUCCUCGGGGCUGUGUCCAGCAUCAGUUGUUGUGUCCCUUGUCUCUGGAUCAAACCUUUUGGUCUCUUAUAUAUAUGUAAUUCUAUUUGUUUGGAACCAAAUGCGGCAUCUAAGGGUUGGUUAUAGUUGAAUACAUAAUCUGAGCUGAUGUUCUUUCA